AUGGGAUACCUUUUCGAGAACUCUGGAAGCUUGGAUGUAGAUAUCAUUAUAGGAUUGAUGUUGAGCGAACAUUAUCAGAAGGCCGCUAAAUCAGUCAAUAGUGAGGGUUUUUUUGGACUGGUUUCUUCUUCAGCUAGAGCAUCGGUAUUAAAAAGGACGAAUACAAGGCUUUUGAGAUCUUCCGAAGAUGGUCAUUUUUAA